ACUUCUGAAGCAUGUACAGUGUUGUAAAUCGGUGUCACCCCAAUUACACAGGUGAAAAAAAAACAUUGUUCUGGUUUCAGUCAAUAUUUUAAUCUUAGCUUUUUUCCAAUUCAUUUUGAAUUUAUAACCAUAAUUUAAAAAUAGUCCAGAUACUGUAGGAAGCAUCACACAACAUCCUCUUUCCCUUUCAAGCUUUAGCCCUCUGCAUAUUUGUAUUUCAGUAUAAUCAUUGCCUUAUUUUGAGAUUAGAUUUUCUGUUAUAAUUCAAUGGAAUAGUAUGCACACAAAGAAUUCGUACUGUCACUUAAUUUGGGAGAUAAUGUCAUGCUGAUGAGAAUCAGAAAAAUGACUAUUUUGUGGAGUCACUGUGAUUUUUCAGUUUGUCACAUCUGGAUGGUGAUUGUUAAAUGCCGGUUUCUUCUGAGUUGUAAGGAGGGAUUUUUAUCUUUGAAUGUUGAGUAAGGCUCACAAUUGUUGCGUGACAGCAUCUAUACAGUGUAGACUUGUUCAGCUUUGUAAACAUUAGAUUUGACGGUGUUACUAGGAAACCAAAAGUAAAAAAAACAAAUUCUGCACAUACAUGCAGGAAACAGAAUGCCCGAAUCUAAAGUUAGUUGUUACGCGGCCCGCACAACAACAGACUUGGGUUUCAUUGUCCUGUUAUCAAGACACUUGGGUGGAAGGUGCUUAUAUCCAGCUAAAGAAAAGAGCCAGGACGUUUCCUGUUUCAUUUCUUCUUUACUUUUUUUUCUGCGUGCCGAGCCUUUGUCCCAUGCUAGGAGUUGCCUGGACUCUCUGAGAAGGUCUGUUCUGAGUUUGCUCCUUGUGGAUUGGCUAAGAUCCCGCCUAAGUGUGUGUGCUUUGUUCUCUGAAAAGCUUGGGGGCAAUUGAGCAACAUGCCUCUACUGGAGAGAGAGAGAGAGAGAGAGAGAGAGAGAGAGAGGGAGAGAGAGAAAUUCGCUGAGUAAUGCCGGAGCCUUCUCAUGUGGCUGAUGCAAACCUGGGGAGUUUGCAUCAUCACUUAGCUGGAGUAAGUCGGUGUGACAGGCAGGAGCUUAAAUACCAGCCCAGGAGGAAGCUGCCUGGACCGGAAUGCUAGGGUAACUGGGUAACUGCCCAGCAGAGAGUAGCAGGCGGCAGCGGCAGCAGCUAGAGGGAGGUGGAGCAGGGGCACGGUGCACACACAGGUGUGCCGGCAGAGCACCCAGGGAGCCCGGCAUGGGAACACACAGCUCCAAGGUCCUGCCCGGAGCACAGUGGCCCUGAGAGGCAGUCUGAGAGCCGCCAGGCAGGGAGCAGCUGGUCCCAACUCCAGACACCAAAGUUGCCUCAAGUGUUGCCUUUGCUUGGGUCUCCUGGUUCCUGUCUCCUUUCCCUCCGCCUGUCACCACCAUGGUCAGAAGGCCCGUGAUGGCCGCCCUGUCCAACAGGGGGUACCUGCAGGGCCCUCCCCACGGGAGGCUACCCGCUGAGGGCAGCCGCAGCCCCGAGCCCCUGGGCCAGGAGAAAGUGGUCCUGAAGAAGAAGAUCACCCUGCUCAGGGGUAUCUCCAUCAUCAUCGGCACCAUCAUCGGUGCGGGUAUCUUCAUCUCGCCCAAGGGCGUGCUCCAGAACACGGGCAGUGUGGGCAUGUCCCUGACCGUCUGGACGGCCUGCGGGGUCCUGUCACUGUUCGGAGCCUUAGCCUAUGCUGAAUUGGGAACAAGUAUAAAGAAAUCUGGAGGUCACUACACAUACAUCCUGGAAGUGUUUGGCCCAUUACCAGCUUUUGUACGAGUCUGGGUAGAACUGCUCAUAAUACGCCCUGCCGCCACUGCUGUGAUAUCCCUGGCAUUUGGACGCUACAUUCUGGAACCAUUUUUUGUUCAUUGUGAAAUUCCAGACCUGGCAAUCAAGCUCAUCACAGCCGUGGGGAUAACUGUGGUGAUGGUCCUGAACAGCUUGAGUGUCAGCUGGAGUGCCCGGAUCCAAAUCUUCCUCACCUUUUGCAAGCUCACAGCAAUUCUGAUCAUCAUAGUCCCUGGAGUCAUGCAGCUAAUUAAAGGCCAAACACAGCAUUUUCAAGAUGCCUUUUCUGGAAGAGAUGCGAGUCUCAUGGGGUUGCCUCUGGCUUUUUAUUAUGGAAUGUAUGCCUAUGCCGGCUGGUUUUAUCUCAACUUUGUUACUGAAGAAGUGGAUAAACCUGAAAAAACCAUUCCCCUUGCCAUCUGCAUCUCCAUGGCCAUUGUGACCAUCUGCUAUGUGCUGACCAACGUGGCCUACUUCACCACCGUCAGCGCACAGGAACUGCUGCUGUCCAAAGCCGUGGCCGUGACCUUUGCAGAGAGGCUGCUGGGAAAUUUCUCACUGGCAGUUCCCGUCUUGGUUGCCCUCUCCUGCUUUGGCUCCAUGAAUGGGGGUGUGUUCGCUGUUUCCAGGUUGUUCUAUGUUGCCUCGCGAGAGGGCCACCUCCCAGAAAUCCUGUCCAUGAUCCACAUCCGCAAGCACACGCCCCUGCCUGCCGUCAUCGUCCUGCACCCUCUGACGAUGAUCAUGCUCUUCUCUGGGGACCUCUACAGUCUCCUGAACUUCCUCAGUUUCGCAAGGUGGCUCUUCAUCGGGCUGGCGGUGGCAGGGCUGAUCUACCUGCGAUACAAGCGCCCAGAUAUGCCGCGUCCGUUCAAGGUGCCUCUGUUCAUCCCGGCUCUGUUCUCCUUCACGUGUCUCUUCAUGGUUGCCCUGUCGCUGUACUCGGACCCCUUCAGCACGGGCAUGGGCUUCCUCAUCACCAUGACCGGCAUCCCUGCCUACUAUCUCUUUAUUAUAUGGGACAAGAAACCCACAUGGUUCAAAAGAAUGUCCGAACGAAUAACCAGAACAUUACAAAUAAUACUGGAAGUUGUACCAGAAGAAGAUUGUCAUAAAUUAUGAAUUGCAUUUGAAAUCUUGACAGUCUGUCCUUGGAUGGGUUUCUGCUCAAGGGGCAGAAACAGUUUGGGCCUUCCCUUCAUUUUCUGAGAAUCCAGAGGGUUGCAUCCUUGGUGAUGGGCUAGAGAACUCAGUUUUUUCCAUUCGGACUGAUUUCUAGGACUUUAUCGAUAGUGCCCUGCUAGAGAAAGCUGAUGUGCUACUGGGCGGUGUGUUCAGUAGAUUCUGGAGUCCUGGAUGAGCUGCUGUUAAGGAGGAAAGACUGCCAGAACUCAUAUUUGCUGUGUGGUCAUCCUCUCUAACCAAUCUCAUCGUGGCAAAGAACCUCCAGUUGAAGACUGAAAUGCUUUCUGUAUGUAAGGGUUUUGUGAAAAAUUACUUUUGCGUACUGUAGGUGACCUUACUGUGAAUUUUUUUUCCUACUCUUCUCGCAGAGCCAAGCAAGCACCCCCUAUUAUGGUACAGGGGACAGAAAGAAAUUCAUCUUAUUUAUCUCCCCAUAGAUAGCCUUCAUUUUUUGCUGGGCUAUACCCAGAGAAGUUCAGACAAGGAGCAGAUGGGUUACAUCUGAUUUUCUUGACUAUGUUAGAGGAGAUCUCUGAGAGUUACUGUUCAUCAGAAAAAUCCAGGAAUUAUAUGUAAGUAAAAAUCUUGGGAGCUUUUGUUAAGUCGUGAUCAAGAUGUUCCAUUGGUAUGCACUGCUUUUUUUCAUGUGGCCCAUGUUAUACCCAUCAAGCAAGGGUAUAACACCUUUCUUAAUACAAGAUGAUAAUCAUUUUAGUAUCUCCUCUGGUUUCACUGACAAUUAGCCCUUGAUAAUGUAUAUAUAUAUAUAUAUAUAUAUAUAUAUAUAUAUAUAUCCAUCCAUGUACAUUUUACAACUCUCCCAAUUAUAACAUCAACAGGAGAUAAAAAUCACCAAAAGGGAAAAAUACUCAACAUCUAUGCCCAUCCCCAUAGUCAUGUUCAUACUUAAUGUUAGUAGCUUUAAACAAUUUUUUCAUGGUUAUUUUAGAUAGUGAUGAUUUCUGACCGUUUAUAUAUCUUCUUUAUACACUCUGUAUUCUGUUAAAGCACUUCUUUGGCUAAAACUGUCCAGCUCAAUUAGGAAAAGGCAUAUAUUUACAUAAAAAUGAAGGGAGAAAUGUCCCCUCUAAACACGACUUACAGCUGACGCUUCUAAAAAUGUUCCCUUCUACAUCUUGGCAGUGGCAGUGAUUUCCUCACCUUAGUGAUCAUUCAACAGGGAAAGGAGAUAGCUCAUAACAAAUUCAUCAGUGGAGGUAGAAGCUGCCCAAGUGUGUGUUCAGACAGGUAUUAACUGUGCUAAGUUCAGACAACACUGUGGAAUUCUCUACGUAGAGGACUUGGUUGACUGUGAUCUCCACACACCUGUGUUAUCAGAGCCAGAAUGUGGGUCAGUCUAGACAGUUUGUCUAUGUCAAAAUAAAGAGUGUUUGAAUUACGCUGAUUACCAAUUCCUGAAGAACAGUUCAAAGGUGAUUGACCAGAGUAGAAAGGAUGAUUUAUAAUUUCAGGCAAUUCAAUUCACAGAUUUUACUUUUUGGCUCUUGGUAACAUUUAGAGUACAGUCAAGAUUGGCAUGUUUUUCAGCCUAGUGUCAUACUAUUAGGGAUUCUAACUCAGUUCAUUAAAAACUCCAUUUUUCUCUUACUCUAGGGGUUUCAGAAUUUGAUCCGCAGUCUCCAUUUGUCUAUUUUUUUCUUUGCUUGGUUGUUACUAGAGGUGAAAAUAGAUUUCCUUUAUAUUCCCAUUUUUUACAGCCCAGAUCCAUAUAACCUAAAACAACAAAAUCUUUGUGUUUUUUCUUGUUUAAUAAUAGUUAAAAACAAACAAACAAA